AUGGUAACGGACCUCACGUGCUGGCUGAUCGGCUUCUCGGAGUGGGUGGUGGCGAACGGGGGCACCUGGCCAGUGAAGGCCGGCUCGGGUUUUGACCAGCUGGCCGUGCGGUACGUGCUGAGCUCAAAAACGGCCGGGAGGGAGACGAAGAGCUACGUGUGGCUCGACGAUGGCGCCACGCGAAUCCAGGCGUUUUUCUCGACCGUGUUCGUAGAUCUGGCGCUGUCGGCCGGGGCAGGCGAGGCGCUGGAGCUGAAGGCGAAGUGGGACGAUCACCUCGCGGCCUUCAACGAGGAUGCCCGGGCCAGCGUUGCCGGUGCAUGGCAGACGGCGAGGAUCUGGGUCCGGGCAGAGGCAGAGCGGGUGAUCGUGACGAGCACCGUGCUCACGCUUGGCAUCGCUCUCUUUCUCGUGUUCGUGGGCGUGCUGGUCUUCACGAGGAGCUUUGGGCUGGCGAUCGUGGUGAUGUCCACAGUGACCAUGAUCAUCGUAGGGCUGUUCUUCUUCAUGGUGGUUGUCAUGGGCUGGUUAAUUGGGGCGGUUGAGGUUCUCUCCCUGAUUAUGUUCAUUGGCUUCGCGGUAGACUACUGCCUGCAUAUUGCGCACAAGUACCAUGCUUGCAUUAUCCAUGACGUCACCGAGGAGGCGGACGAUUCGCACGAAAAUGCUGAGCAGAAGACGAUGCUGGAGAAGGCUGGUGCCGCGGCAGCGAGCAGGCUCCGCCAGUCGGUGGCGCUCACGGGCAACACGAGGCUGGGGAUGGCUGCGAGCGUUGCUGGAGCCAAGAUCUUGAGGAAGCAGGCGGAGGGAAGCGAUGGCUCCAGUACGGGAACGCCCCCCGGCAGGACGGCAUCUCCGCAGAGGACCAGGGUCACCAUGAGGGUGGCGGACACCCUCAGCAGCUCGAAGCUCCCGUCGCCGCCGUCGCCCACCUGCGACGCGGUGCGGCAGGCGAACAGGGGCGCGGAGCGGUUCGAGCGCGCGAAGUUCGCCUUGGAGAAGAUCGGGCCCUCCGUGCUGGGGUCGGGGCUUACCACCCUGGGGAGCGCGGCGUUCCUGCUGCCGUGCUCCCUGCACGUGUUCUACCGGAUUGGGGCCGUCGUGUGCGGAAUCACGGUGUACGCGGAGUUUUUCGCCCUGCUUUUCUUGCCAGCGACGCUCAUGAUCAUCGGGCCAGCUGGGCACAACUUCCGGGGUUGCAUGCUCUUCAACCUGCAGGACUGGGACGUUGACCCUCUCUCGUCGAACAUCGACUCGCACGCACGCAACAAGGGCAUAUAUGUGCUCAACGUGCCUGUGAGGGGGAUGGCCCAGAUGACGCCCGGACAGCCCGCGUCCCGGACCAGAAUCAUCGCCUCGGGCUGA